CAUAAGAUCUCACCGAACGUGAUCUCCUUGCCGUUUUUGGACAAUAUGGUGAAGUUGUUGAUGUCAAUAUCAUCCGAGACAAGGCUUUUGGAAAAUCCCAGGGUUUUGCGUUUCUUGCAUAAGAAGAUCAAAAUACCACUUUUGCUGUUGGUUAAUAAUCUGAAUGAACCUCAGGCGUUGGGGCAGACCAUUACAACAAACACAUUUAGCAAAGAGACGAGGAUGAAAAGACGCAAAGCAGAACAGGGAGGCACGUGCUGUAUGAAAAACCUGGAACCUGUCUCCUCUCACGCCGAUGGUACUACACCGGUUCUUGCUUCGUGCAGUGGCGAUAACACUGUAGGAAUCUGGGGGUCAUGA